ACCCCUCGUGGCCUGGCGUCAUGGCCCACGAGGAACCGGCCCCACCACCUCACGCAGCCCGUCUACGUGGCGCCACGCCCCACGCGACCACGCCCGACGUGUCCUCCCCCCGUCCCUAUCCGGCUAUCCCCUCCCCGCGCGUCGCCGCCUCGGGACGCGCAGUUCAUGCACCCACUGCGCGCCGCGUUUGGCCACACCCGCGCCGCGCUCCAUGCCACCCUUCCAAACCCAGCGACGCCUUUCCCUUCCAGGCAGGCGAGCUCCGGCUAUAUAUAAUGGCGCCGCCGUACGCUGCCCAGGAAUCACUCGACCACAAGCUGUCACAGGCUCACAGCUCAACAACCGCGCAGAACAGCUAGUGAUAUAUAAGCAGAGCGGCGGAGUACGCGACCUUGGACAGUGCGAUGGCUCGUCGUCUGCUCGGGGCCUGUUGCGUGCUCCUCGCCGCUAUCCUGCUCGUGGCCGCGGCGGCGGCGUCCGCGCGCGCCGACGGCGAGAGCGGCAUACGGCAGCCGAGCGGCGAGUACCGCGGGAGGAAGGUGGGGGCGAGGACGGAGGUGCGGGACGUGGAGCGCGACGGGGAGGUGCAGGAGCUCGGCCGGUUCUCCGUCGCCGAGUACAACCGGCGGCACGUCGGCGGCGGCGAAAGGCUCGAGUUCGGCAGGGUGGUCGCGGCGCAGCGGCAGGUGGUGUCGGGGCUCAAGUAUUACCUCCGCGUCGCCGCGGCGGCGGAGAACGGCGGCGGCGAGCGCGUGUUCGACGCCGUCGUCGUCGUCAAACCCUGGCUCGAGUCGCGCACCCUGCUCAGGUUCGCGCCGGCCGCCCCGAAAUAAGUGCAGCGGCACCCGUUGAGCAUGCCUGUCGUCCGUGACUUUUGGGCGGUCUGCUUUCUCGCAGACUUUGGUGAGCGAAUAAAGUCUUGUUCUUGUACAAGGGUAGUAGAGACUAGAGAGUGAUGAAGACCAAUAACUUUGCGCUGCGGUAGAUGUUCUGUCUGAAGGCUAUUGUACAAAGAGAUGAGGGUAACAAUAAAACGCUGCGCUUCUACAUGGAGGCUACUUGUUUA